AUAAUGCUUCAUCACAUCAAUUAGCAGAAAGUGAAAUAGAAGAAUUAAGUAAUAUUAAAUUAUACUUCCUUCCGCCGAACACAACUUCUCAUCUUCAGCCGAUUGACCAAGGCAUAAUAAGUUCAUUCAAAGUUCACUAUAGAAAAUUAUUAUGUGAAGAUAGAAUUCGAGCAUUUGACGAACACCAUAAGCUUAAUAUUGAAAUUCCCAAAUUAAAUAUUUUGAAUGCAAUUAACUGGACUGCGCAAGCGUGGAAUAGUGUCACUAAUGAUACAAUAUAUCAUUGUUGGCAAAAAACAGGUAUUUUGCCUAAUGAUAAAAUGCACGAAGGAGAAAGUGAAUUAAAAAAUGAAUUAGAAGCCGAAGAAAAUGAAAUUCAGUUACUUAUACAUCAAAUGAAUGUGGAUAAUAUUGUAGCAAGCGAUUACAUUAACAUUGAUACUAGGAUAGAAAUAACUGAUAUAAUUGAUGAAGGGGAUAUAAUUGCUGCA